AUAUUGAAAACUGCAUUUUAAUGUGUCCAUAUAACUCAACCGCCAGACAACUAACACAUUUGCUGUCUGCAAAAUGAACACUACUGGAUUCUUAACCUUUUGUUUAGUAGUUUUGUUUGCAAAUUGUGACACUUUGCUGAUCAAAGAGGUUCCUUCUAAAAAUGAAUAUGAAGCAGAUGCUGAGGAUUUGAGAGAGGACAUCCUACAAAUAAAUGAAAAAUCCCAGAGGUUUUUGUUUCAAGGAGACAUUGCAGUGGAUCAAAAACGGAAUGCCAUUACAGAUACAACAAUGAGAUGGACAUUCCCUAUUCCAUAUAUUCUGACGGAUAGCCUUGAGCUAAAUGCCAAGGGUGUCAUCUUACAUGCAUUUGAGCAGUAUCGUUUAAAGUCAUGUGUUGAUUUUAAACCGUAUGAAGGAGAGACAACUUUCCUAUCUUUCAAAAAGUUAGAUGGGUGCUGGUCUUAUGUUGGUGAUAAUCACAAUGGCCAAGAAUUGUCCAUUGGUGAAAGGUGUGACACAAAAGCUAUUGUUGAGCAUGAAAUUCUGCAUGCACUAGGAUUUUACCACGAGCAAUCAAGAACAGACCGUGAUGACUAUGUUAAUAUAUGGUGGGAUGAAAUUAUUCCUGGUAAAGAGCAUAAUUUUGUUGUGUAUGGUGAUGACUACAUUACUGACCAGAAUACUCCAUAUGAUUAUGAAUCUGUGAUGCAUUAUGAACCAUUCUCCUUCAACAAAAACGAUAGUGUGCCAACCAUCACUGCAAAGAUACCAGCGUUUAAUGACAUUAUUGGACAGCGAUUAGACUUCAGUGCUCUUGAUCUGCUAAGGUUAAAUCGAAUGUAUAAUUGCACUUCCACUCUCACAUUGUUGGACCAAUGUGCUUUUGAGGUCAAUAAUAUCUGUGGCAUGAUCCAGGGAGAACGGGAAGUUGCAGAUUGGGUUCAUGUGAAGAGCAGUCCUGGAAAUGAGGAUCAUACUACAAGUGGAAAAUGCAGAGAUGCUGGAUACUACAUGUACUUUGAUACUAAGAAUGGCAACACUGGUCAAAGUGCUAUUCUGGAGUCCAGGAUUCUGUAUCCCAGAAGGCAUGAGCAGUGUCUUCAGUUUUUCUAUAAGAUGACCGGCAGUCCAAUGGAUAAGCUCGUUAUAUGGAUGAAAAUGGAUGAUGGAACUGGAAAUGUUAGAAAACUAGUUAAAAUUCAUACAUUACAAGUGGAUGGCAGCCAUUCAUGGAACAUUGCUCAUGUGACCAUCCCUGCGACAGCCAAGUUCCGUUACGUUUUCCAAGGAGUAAUUGGUAACUCCAGUGACUCUUCAGGUGGUAUUUUCCUGGAUGAUGUCACGCUUACGGAGACCAAGUGUCCUCAUGGUGUCUGGCACCUGAGGAACUUCACCGAAAUGCUUCAAAACAAUUAUAGCAAGGACAUAUUGAGCCCAUGUUUCUGUAGCCCGGAAGGAUAUAGAUAUGGUUUAAAUUUAAAACCUCAUUCUCGUUAUGAAAAUUAUACAGGGAUCUUUUUCCACCUGUGCAGUGGUGAAAAUGAUGAUAUGCUUGAAUGGCCGGCUGGGAACAGACAAGCUAUCAUUUCAGUAAUGGACCAGCAUCCUGAUGUGAAACUUAGAAUGUCAUCUACUUGAAGCUUCACUACAAAUGGAAGUUUAGUUAUACAAGACAGAAAUGAUACAUUCUUUUGGGACAAGCCUACAUCAACUGGAUACUACGAUCAUGCAUGCGAUUGUUACCGGAGUGUCUCCAUGGGAUGGGCAGGAUUCAUAUCACACAAGCAGCUCCACCGCCGAAGUUUCUUAAAAGAUGAUGACCUCAUUAUUUUUAUUGAGUUCAAUGAUCUGACUCCACUGAUUUAUACAGAAGUGCCGAUCCAUCCUACAAGCUCUCCCUUAAGGCAUCGGCGAGCAGUGGAAGAGACUAGAUUCUCAGCAGGACGCCAGCCACACGGUCUCAGAGAGGAGUGCAGUCCUGGCUAUUGCCUGAAUGGUGGAAUAUGUGUUAUUGUGAAUGGGAAAGCAAGCUGCAGGUGUGCCUCAACUCAAAUACGUCAGCACUUUGGUGAUCGCUGUGAGAAAACACAGGUUCACGGCACUCUCCUGGGAGUCUUCGUUGGUGCAAUUGCAGGUGUGCUGGUGUUGACUAUUGCUGUUAUUAAUAUAAUUGCCAGAAAACAAAUUUAAAACCUAAAAGCAUUAUAAGGCCUUGAUCUUUUCCACUUAUUUACAAAUGUUUUAAAGUUUAGCAAGAACUUGCUGGAAAACAAUAAGUUUUGCUUUUUAUAGUAAUUCCAUGAAGUUUGAAUGUAUUUUGCAUCUAAUCACAUUAAACACUACUGUAUUCUCUAACUGUAGUAUUGAUCAUAAAAGGUAAUUGUGUUAAUUUGUUAAUCACACUGUGGUUUGUAGUGUUGUUUGUAGAUGCUUUAUAAUAAAUCAUUAUGCCUGUCUGCA